CCUCCCUGCUUAAAUACCAAACACUUCUCACUUAUGUACUGUACCUCACUCUGUCUCUUUACCACGUAACACACACACACACACACAUAUAUAUACACCCUCGUUUAUUCUUUCAGCAUGGGCAACUUUGCAGCAAAUGAAGGACUUUCCGUUGUUGUUAUACUGGUAUGGCUUGGAAUCAACGCUUACCUAUUUGUCCAGUUCUACCGGGCAUUUCUGAUCGAACGUUUCUUCUACAGCAGGGUCAUCCUUGGGCACGCUCUGCCCUGGGCGAGAGCCCCAGCUGCGUGUCUGAACUUUAACUGCAUGUUGAUCCUCCUGCCUGUCUGUCGCAACCUUCUGUCCUUCCUCCGAGGCUCCAUACAGUGUUGUAGCCGUACAGCUGCCCGUCAGCUUGACAGAAACAUCACUUUCCACAAGUUGGUAGCCUACAUGAUUGCCUUCCACACAGCGGUGCACACCAUCGCUCAUCUGUUUAAUUUUGAGCGCUUCGAGUCUGCACAGCGGGAAGACAACAACAGGUCACUGCCCCACGUUCUGUCUCUGAUUGGAAACAAGGACAAUGAGUCUUACCUCAACCCCAUCCGGUCCAGUGAGACUAGCCAGACCAUUACCAUGUUCACCACGAUCGCAGGACUAACAGGCGUCGUGAUCACCCUCUCCCUCAUCCUCAUCAUUACCUCCUCCAUGGAGGUCAUUCGCAGGUCCUAUUUUGAGGUGUUCUGGUUCACCCAUCACCUCUUUAUCAUCUUUUUCAUUGGACUUGUGCUCCAUGGGGUCGGUCGCAUUGUACGAGGUCAGACCCCUGACAGUGUAAAGCAUCAUAGACCUCAAAACUGUAGCGAGCGGUUUGAAAGAUGGGGCCUGGACCAGGACUGUCCUACACCGGUUUUUGCUGGAAAUAAACCAGGGACAUGGCAGUGGGUCCUUGGGCCAAUGAUCUUGUACGUGUUCGAGAUGCUUGUGCGAUUCUACCGCUCAAAACAGAAGGUGGUUAUCACCAAGGUAGUGAUGCAUCCAUCCAAGACCUUGGAGCUGCAGUUGAAAAAGAAAGGCUUUAAAAUGGAGGUGGGUCAGUACAUCUUUAUGAAGUGUCCGUCCAUCUCGCACCUGGAGUGGCAUCCAUUCACCCUGACCUCCGCUCCCGAGGAAGACCACUUCAGCAUCCACAUCCGUAUUGUUGGAGACUGGACUGAUGCCCUGUACAAGGCAUGUGGUGGGGACAAGAGCGGAGUUCAGGAUGCCUGGGAACUUCCCAAGGUGGCAGUGGACGGCCCCUUUGGCACGGCAAGUGAGGACGUUUUCCGCUACGAGGUGGUCAUGCUAGUUGGUGCAGGCAUUGGUGUUACUCCCUUUGCAUCCAUCCUCAAGUCUGUGUGGUACAAAACUGUCCAGCAAAACACCAACGUGUUCACCAAAAAGAUCUAUUUUUAUUGGCUGUGUCCAGAGACAGAAGCGUUUGAAUGGUUUGCAGACCUGCUACAGUCCCUGGAGCGGCAGAUGAACGAGAAAAACAUGAUCGACUUCCUCAAUUACAACAUUUACCUCACUCGCUGGAAGGAGACAGAGGCUGCUCACUUCCGAGUUCACCAUGAAGCAGAAAAUGACCCCAUCACUGGCCUGAAGCAGAAAACUCUGUAUGGAAAACCUAACUGGGAAAAUGAGUUUAGCACUAUCGCUACCAGCCACCCAGGGUCUAAAGUUGGGGUAUUUCUCUGUGGACCGGGUGCUCUGGGGAAAGCCUUAGAAAAACAAUGCAUCAGCCAGUCAAAGGCCGGAGUCAAAUUCAUUUUCAACAAGGAAAACUUCUAAUCUUGGAUAAUCGAUAGUAGAUAGGUACAGCUUUAAAUAAUCAAAAUCUCAUUUGUAGUGAAUUUAUGCAAUAAACACGAGGGGAAAAAACAGUUUACUCAAAAUGUGAUGGAUAGCUACUGUACUGGAACAUUGAUAGGUUUCAUAGAUGUGGUGAAAUAAAUCCAGGAUUCCAAUGUUGAAAUCUAUGCUAGCUCAAAACACCUCAGUUUAUCAAUUUAUUAACAUAUCACCUCAAUUUAUUAACAUAAAACUUUUUUUUUUAUAAAAAUUGCCCAAAGCCCCAUUUGUCCAUUUAUCAUGACAUUUCCUGUUUAGUUCCUGUUGUCUCAUUAUAACAGCUCUAAACAUGCUUAAUAUUUUUUCCUCUCUGUUGAUUGGCCAGAAAACCAAAAACACAACUUUUUGUGUUAAGAAGAAAUCCUAAUGUUCCUUCUAAAUAAUCGUCCUCACGGAAAAAAUCACAGUUAAAAUCUGUUGCUUAUUUUAUUUGUUAAAAGUUGUUGCUUAUUUUAUUUCUUUUGUGUAGUGUGUGUUGAAAUGACACAAAGUCUGAGAGAUUUUUUUUAACAUUAUGCUGAAUUAAUAUAUAUUCUGUAAAGCUGCUUUGUGACAAUGUCCGGUGCUAAAGGCUCUAUAGAAAUAGAAUAUAAUUGAGCUGAAAUUGUAGCUUGUGGAUGAAUAGCUUAAAGGAUGAAUGAGUUAUUGGAUGAGGCAAAAGAUCGUCUGUGAAAAGGUGUUAAUUAGGAAGCUUUUGCUUGCAGUAAGAGAGUAAUAGCUGUAAUGAUAGAAAUAGCUGAAAGAUCAUUAUUUUGCACUGAUGUAUGUUGACUAUGAAACUGUGCAGAACACAUUCGUCACAUUUUUAAGCCUGCUUAAGUACCCAGUGGGCUUUUUUUUUCUUUCUUUUUUCCUUUUUUGGUCUUUUUCUUAUCUUUCGUUCUCUUUCAUUUACUUCUUUACUUCAAAAGAUUUCAUUCCAACAUUAUGAAAUCACAUUGUGAAACGAUUUUGUGUUGCAGAAGUGUUUUGAGAAAGAGCUGCUGUGGGUUUUAUUUCCUCUUUUCUUUGCCGUUGUGCUAAUUAGGAAAAGUUUCUGCAGUAAUGACAAUUGUGGACAAAUCACAAUAAAAAUUCAAACAAG